UUGCCGGUUGGACGGGAAACAGUGCGCGAAGUGGAUGGAAAUGUCUCUCUCAAAGAUACCGAUUUGCCGAAUUUGCCUCACGAACGAUGAGCUGCAGGUGUCGCUGUUUAGCGAAUACGCCCAGCGGAAGCUGCUGCUAACCAAAAUACGCGUCUGUUUGCCGAUAACUAUCACUCACGCGGAUACGCUGCCGGUAACGAUCUGCAGCCAGUGCAUCAUUCGGUUGGAGCAGUUCUACGAAUACUACUGCAAAUCGGAAACGUCACAACGGAUUCUGACGGAAGGAACCGGUAUACUCUCCCGCCCGCGUAAAACGCCACCGGAAAGUUAUACGCUUAGUGUCACAGGGACCGAGAACGGAGAGGCGAGUGGCCCGGUGGUCGAACAGAUGGACCCGAUUCUGACUCAAUCGCCGCAGGUCAAAGGACCGGUAGUACAGAAAGAGAUGCAAUCCAAUGCGUCGGGUUCGCCGGAUGCGACCUUAAGCUUUUUGCAGCAGGGAACCAGAAAACGAAAGGGCAAGAAAUCAUCGACGCAGAAUACAUUCUAGACAUUAUCGAACCGGUUUGUCUUUCAUAGCUAAGUCUAGUAAUAAAUGAUUGCCAAUCCAUAAGGUACUAAUAUCCAACCGUAUGCGUUAGCACAAACCCACUGUAUAGAGAUGGGUUGGCCAGAAUUUAGCGAUCCUUGUUAAAGGCAACUGUGUAGUGGUGGGAGCUCGGAAUCGGACCCACCCGAUUUGAAGCCAAUUCUGAUUUCGGAGUCAAUUCCGAUGUACGAGCCGAUUUUGGAACUAAUUCCGGAGCCAAUUCUGGAAUCGAUUCCGCAAACUUAUUCCGGACCUACUAUCCGGAAUCGAUUCCAGAAAACUGCGGAGCUAGCCGGAAUCAAUUCCGACGAAAUCUUCAUUUUUCCCAUCGCUACAAACGUGUCCUUCAUAAAAAAAACUUACCUGCAUUGUGUUCUUUAAAAGGAUUCAUAUUUUUUAGUAUUUUCCUUGUAAAAUUUACAUAAACCUAAGUAUAAGUACAGUAUUUGAGAUGAAUUCUGCAUUAGAUGUAGAUUAUUAUUAUUAUUUGAUGUGGUACGAAUUAGUAGAGUUUGCUGAAUUUAAUUUAUUUUCCAGCAAGCAACAAUUAGGGGAUAUAUUUGAAAAUGGUCUUUUUACCGUUUCUUUCUAUUAAUUAGAAACAGGAUUGAAUUUUUAUUCAUGAAGGAAAUAGAAUUGUGAAAAAAGACAUUUUACAUUAAGCUCAAUUAUACGAAAUGUAUCUUCUUUUCGAUAUCAUUAUAACUAAUUCAAGAAUUCCAAUUUAAAUGCCAACAUAAUGAGAACUUCAAGAACUUCCCGGCAUAGCUGUGGUUUGAAUCUUCUUUUCCUCCAAAGAACCAGUUGAUGAGUCAUUACGAUUGCGAUAUUUUUGGAGAAAUAGAGCUGCAGUUUUCUCAACUGCCAACGGUUUCUCGUUGUUUGGGACACACAUACACACACAUUUGUAAUCUAAAUUCUGGUAAAUUCACAAACAACUGUGAAUCUGCCUUCAACCAUCCCGAUAGUACUGUUGCAAUAACGUCCAUUGGUGUAACAAACUGCAGACUUGCCGGUUGUGCAUUCUUAUCAACGAUGUGGAGCAUUGGUCGGACUGCACAGACACGAAGGUCUCUAAAGUAUGCGUAAAACUGCCGUGAUUGCUCAUGCUGUGCCAACAGAAUCUGUUUAGAACGAUUAACGUGGGAGAAAAUGUGUCUUCCUGGGUCAUUCAGAAAAUCACCUCAAACAUAUGAUGAUGCUCUUGCAAGGAAUCACCAUAACGGAGGAGAACCAUUCGUUUCUUGUUAAUUAUUAUCUGAUUCAUUCCCAUUGCGCCAUUGGUUGUCAUUCGUGAGGGCAAUCCUUUUCUUUUUGCCACGAUUUGUCGCGAGUAGAAAUCCCCAAUAUGCUGGAAGAAACGAACCCACCCAGCACCGGCCGGUCUGACCCACAGAUGGGUAAAGAAAUGUACGCCUCCUCUCCUCUCCAGUGACAACCACCUUCGCAAGCCUUGCCGCUGAUCGGACGGGCCUCCUUCUUCAAGAUAAUAAUAUGCUAACAAGUAGCAACAUUCUCACUCAUUCGUGUCUCCCACCCCGAUUCCCCGCUCGAUUGUGCGUGUGAACUCACACUUCGCACAAGAAAAAUCCCCAUUCGACUCUCGUUCGCUCGUUAGCGCGAGUUUGCCAUUCAUUCAGCCCUGACUUGAAGUUCAGUUCAGUCGGACUUGACGAGUGCUACGGUGUGGUUCAGUGCUAACGGAAACAGAAUGAUUUCCGCAAACGUAUUCUCGGUGAUCGUCGCGACAUUGGUGUUUGGAACGUUUGCAGGGGAAGCUUUGCAAAUUGGUUGUAGCGAUCCGGACGAACGCUGCCUUCCGAUCCGCCACUGUUCGCCAGUGUACAGGCGCAUCGAAAAGAACGAACAUUUGACAAACGCCACGUUCAUGAAGGAGAUACAUCGCAAAACCUGUCAGCCGGUUGUACAGCAGGACACGAAAACCCACAUUUGCUGCCGCAAGCGCCACAUCGGCUGCCGGCUGAAUGGGAAACCGGGUGCUUGCUUGCUGCGUGAGCAGUGCCCAACACUGCAGACGACUACCGAGCGGAAGCUGAUGCAAAAUCCGGAGCUGAACCUGUGCUACGUGCACGACCGAAGGCAUUACUUCUGCUGUACUGAUCCGUACUGUGCCACGCACAAAAAGCUCUGCGAACAGGAGGCAGCGCCUCCGCAAGCAAAACAACCCGCCUCCACCUUUCCCCGCUGUACGGGCGCGAACGGUGAGGCGGGUUCGCUAGUUCCCGCCGUGCUGUGUGGCGGCCAGCCGCCCCGCCCCAGCAAGCGAUCCGUCGAUCAGCGGACUUGCUGCGUACCGCCGGCACAGCCGAACCGGCUCGUUUCCCACCCGAACGCAGCGAAACUGGCUCGCCUGCCGUGCGGUACGAUCGGGCUGCUGGUCAAAAUCCAGGACGGUACGUACGCGCAGCGUGGGGAAUUCCCGUGGAUGGCGAAUCUGGUUUACAAGCAGAAGGCGAUCUGCAGCGGCACGCUGAUUCAUCCCUCGUACGUACUCACCGCUCGGCACUGCAUCAACGGGGGGCUGGUUCGCGUUCGGCUCGGGAAGCACGAUCUGCUGGAAAAGCCCGAAUGCCCGCCCGGCACGACGGCGGGGGGCGUGGACUGUCCGCAGCUUCAUGUGCAGGAGAUUGCUAUCGCGCAGAAAAUGCGCAGCCACACGCACGACGUCGGACUGCUCCGGCUGGUCAAGCCGGCCGAUGUGGCGGGCGAGCUGGUACGGCCGAUCUGUCUGCCGGUGUACGCGUCCCUGCGCAUGCACCUACCGCCCUCGGUUACCAUCACAGGCUGGGGACUGACGGAGAAGGAGAAGCCGGCAACCGUGCUGCUGAAAGCGCACACCUCGCUGCUGAUGGAUGAUCCGGCCUGCGCCAAGGACUAUAUGAUCUGCGCCGGUGGCACUAGCCACAGCAAUCACUGUGGCGGUGACUCGGGCGGACCGUACCAAGCGCUCGGUGUGUACGAUGGCAAGUCGCGGUACGUGCAGUACGGCAUCAUCUCGGACGGGCCGGCCUACUGCUCCAAUCCGGACCGUCCCAGUCGCGGUGUGCUGGUGGGGUACGUUAUGGACUGGAUCCUGGACAAUAUGGCGUUGUAAGGGAAAGACAACGAGCGAGCGAGAGAGUGAAUGGGUGAGUGAGUGAGAGAGUCAGUGGUUUCCGGUCUCAAAUGAAUCAUUAAAAAUGCUCAUAGAUUUUACGUACCCAGUUGCCAUACGUUAUAAGCAGUAUAUAUGAAUGCGAAGUUGAAUGAAUAAAUUGACUGUUUUCUCGUCUUCGCUUACACGAAA